GCGCGGUGACCGCGGCGGCAGCAGCGGGUCCCUCCCCCCCAAUCCCUUCCCCGCGCAUGCGCGUUAGGCCGGCCCGGCGCGGGGAGCGGCCCCGCUGAGCUGGCGGCGGGAGGAUGGAGCGCGGCGGGGCGGGCGGGCCCGGGGGGCUGCUCGGGGGGCCGGGGCUGCUCGGGGGGCCGGGGCUGGCCGCUGCCCUCGCCCUGCUCCUCGUCCUGCUGCUGCUGGCGGCCGUGCUGCGCCGCGCCGCCCCGCCGGACGGUAAGUGCCGGGGAGCGGCGGGGCCGGGCCGGGCCGGGCCGGGCUGGGCUGACCCUCCGGUGUCCGCAGGCCCCAGGGCGAACGGCCAGGCCGCCAGGCCGGCGGAGCAGAGGAAGGCGAAGCUGCCGGCGCGGGCCCGCAGGGAGAAGCCGCAGCAGCGCAGCUUCAGGCACCAGCUGCUGGUGGCCGCCCUGAAGGGCCACGGCGGCUCCGUCUCCUGCCUGGACUUCAGCAGCAACGGCAAGUACCUGGCGUCGUGCGCCGAGGACCGCACGGUGCGGCUGUGGAGCACCCGGGAGCUGGCGGGGCGGGAGCACCGCUGCCUGCGGGCCAACGUGGGGCUGGACCACGCCGAGCGGGUCCGGCUCAGCCCCGACUCACGGGCAUUCAUUGUUUGGCUGGCAAAUGGCGAGACUAUCCGUGUCUAUAAAAUGACUAAGAAGGAUGAUGGCAGCUUCACCUUCACUGCCACUUCUGGGGACUUCCCAAAGAAGCACAAGGCUCCUGUCAUUAACAUAGGAAUUGCAGAGACAGGAAAGUUUAUCAUGACAGCUUCCAGUGACACUACGAUCCUGAUCUGGAGUCCGAAGGGGGAAGUCCUGGCCAGCAUUAACACCAACCAGAUGAACAACGCCCACGCCGCCGUCUCGCCCUGCGGGAGGUUUGUGGCAUCCUGUGGCUUUACCCCUGACGUGAAGGUGUGGGAGGUGUGUUUUGGCAAGAACGGGGACUUCCGGGAGGUGGCCAGGGCUUUUGAGCUGAAGGGCCACACUGCUGGCAUACACUGCUUCUCCUUCUCUAAUGACUCGAGGAGGAUGGCGACUGUUUCGAAGGACGGGACCUGGAAGUUCUGGGACACAGACGUGGAAUAUAAGAAGCAGCAGGAUCCCUACCUGCUGCUGACGGGGAGGUGCCCGGGGCCGGGGCCGUGCCGCAUCGCCCUGUCCCCCGACGCCCGCGCGGUCGCCGUCUCCAGCGGCGCAGACAUCGCUGUGUACAACACGCGGCGGGGCGAGGAGGAGGAGCGCUUCCUGCGCGUGCACAGCCAGCCCGUCUCAGACCUGGCUUUUGACACCAGCAGCCGCUACCUGGUGUCCUGCGGGGACCGGGCCAUCUGCGUCUUCCACAACACGGCCGGGCACCGGGCGGUGGUGGAGGAGAUGGAGACCAUGCUGAAAAGGACUGGGAACCAAGCCACCCGCGCGAGGCUGGAGCAGCAGCUCUGCAGCGCCCGCCAGGCCCUGGCUGCCAUCUACGGCAGGAAGCUCUGAGGGAUGGAACUGUCUGAAAAGACCUUCAGACCAUCCGCUGCAACUGUUAACGAGCGCAGCCCAGCCCGCUGCUGCCACACGGGAUCAGCCCAUCCCCUGCUGCCCUUUGGGGACUCUUUUCUUUUUGAUAACACUAAAAACUGGUAAUAAAGCAGUGCCCAGAGCCUGA